UGCGCGGGAGGACACGUCACGGAUCCAUUAUCCCCUCCCCUCUUGAGGCUCUCCUGGCUUUCUGCAGCCUUUGCUAAAGAAUUAACCGAGAGGUCCGCUUCAGAGCUCCUUCUGCCACUGGGGAAAAAAAAUAAAUAAAAAAGGCGAGGAAAGAAAAGGAAAAAGAGAAAAGAAGAAAAAAAAGAGCGGAGAUAUCGGUGCUUUCAGACGAGGAGCGUGGCGGCUGUGAUUUCCGAGAGGAGAGGAAUUUUACCUUCGAUCCUUGCCGAAUUGCGGGAGGUGAAUAUAGCAAACCCUCCCCUUGCCUUUGAAAGGCAUGUCUCAGCCAAAGAGCUACCGCUUCGCUCUUGAAAUACGUGACAAAUAAACAAGAAACAAACAAAAAUUAGAGAGAGGAAAGAUUCCUAUCUUUCAAAUUAUUUUUCUUUAAAAGGGGAGAAAAAAAAACUCCAACAAAAAAAAAAAAAAAACAAAAAACACCAAACCAAUAAAUAAAAGCAACAAAAUCAAUGCCGCGCCUCUGCCAGCGCUCGGACUUGUUUGGAAAGAGACAACGCUGAAGUGGCACUGGUCCCGAGGAAAACGGAUCCUUUAAUUUGACUCCGCAUGAGAAGCGCGCUUGGAGCCGGGCGCAGCGGCCGCAGCGGCGGGAGCAGCCCCGCAGCCCCCGCAGCCCCCGCAGCCCCCGCGGCAGCCCCGGCGCUGCCGGAGCCCCCCGGGCACGGGCGGAGCAGCAGCAGCGCCCUUGGGCCGCGGGAGGCGGAGGGGAAGGAGAGCCGCUGAUCCCGGAGCGCUCCAGCCACCAGCUGCCGCCGCAGCCACGGGCUUGGACUUCGCUUCAACGGGGAGCUCGUCGUGUCCUCGGCAUCUCCGGGACCAGCUCGUUUUGCACUUCGUUCUACGUCUUUCGUUUUCUCCCUUUUUUUUUUUUCCUUCUUCUCUCGAGAGACAAAAUGUCCAAAAAUGGUUCAGCCUGCUUAGCCCAGUGAUUUCUUGCACGGACGCUCUAUUUUUCUUUCUUUCUUUUUUUUUUUUUUUUUAAUUAUUAUUUUUGGAUGGGGCAGGAUUGAGUAGAAGAAAUCGUUCGGUGAAGGGAACCCGGCGGUUUGCUCCCCGUUAAGGAGAAGAUCAAGAUCCGAUUCGCAGCUGCCCGCAGAGGACGGGGGCUGCCGUGGGUCUUUCAGCCUGGCUGUCGGAGCCCUCGCUGCUGCAGGUUAAGAGCAGAACUGCCUUCUCCGAGCGGCUUUCCUGCCCUGCUUGUAGCUCAGAGAUCGCCUCCCCCCUCCUCGCACCAUUUCUGUUCGUGUUGGUUUUGUUUGGUCGGUUUAGCUUUAUUUUUCCCUCCCCUUUUUGUCUUUUUUUUUUUCCCCUUUCGUUUAUUAUUAUUAUUAUUAAUUAUUUGAUUUGGGUAAAUUGCCUUCCUGCAACGAAAACACUAACUCUGCAUUGGAAAUCCAUGCCCCCUGCCAUUCGGAAGAACCGGGUCUAAUAUGCCAGUGACAUCCCCGCCUUGCAGCAGUCGCGAUGAAGGAAAAAUCCAAGAACGCGGCAAAGACUAGACGGGAAAAAGAAAAUGGAGAAUUCUACGAACUGGCCAAACUCCUGCCCCUGCCCUCAGCCAUCACCUCGCAGCUGGACAAGGCGUCCAUCAUCCGCCUCACCACCAGCUACCUGAAAAUGCGAGCCGUCUUCCCCGAAGGUCUGGGCGACGCCUGGGGACAGCCGAGCAGGAUCGGCCCUUUGGAUAACGUGGCCAUGGAGCUCGGAUCCCACUUGCUUCAGACUUUGGAUGGCUUUGUUUUCGUCGUGGCAUCCGAUGGCAAAAUAAUGUACAUUUCUGAAACAGCAUCUGUGCACCUUGGCCUGUCCCAGGUGGAGCUCACUGGAAACAGCAUUUAUGAGUACAUCCACCCCUCAGACCAUGAUGAGAUGACUGCUGUCCUCACUGCCCACCAGCCUCUGCAUCCCCACCUCCUGCAAGAGUAUGAAAUCGAGAGAUCCUUUUUCCUGAGGAUGAAGUGUGUCCUGGCCAAGAGGAAUGCAGGCCUGACCUGUAGUGGCUACAAGGUGAUCCACUGCAGUGGCUACUUGAAGAUCCGCCAGUACAUGCUGGAUAUGUCCCUGUAUGACUCCUGUUACCAAAUCGUGGGGCUGGUGGCCGUGGGGCAAUCUUUGCCUCCCAGUGCAAUCACUGAGAUCAAGCUCCACAGCAACAUGUUUAUGUUCAGAGCCAGCUUGGAUUUAAAGCUGAUUUUCCUCGAUUCCAGGGUCACGGAAUUAACUGGAUAUGAACCCCAGGAUCUGAUAGAGAAAACGCUCUACCACCACGUGCACGGCUGCGACGUUUUCCACCUGCGAUAUGCUCACCACCUCUUGCUGGUGAAAGGCCAAGUGACCACCAAGUACUACCGGCUGCUGUCCAAGCAGGGAGGCUGGGUGUGGGUGCAGAGCUACGCCACCAUCGUGCACAACAGCCGUUCGUCACGGCCUCACUGCAUAGUGAGUGUCAAUUAUGUCCUUACAGAUAUUGAGUACAAGGAACUUCAGUUGUCACUGGACCAGGUUACCAUUUCCAAGUCACAGUUUUCAUGCAGAAACUCAGUACCUACCUCGCAGGAAACAAGGAAAAUAGUAAAACCCAAAAGUAAUAAAAUGAAGGCAAAACUCAGAACAACACCUUACCCACCACAGCAAUACAGCUCGUUCCAAGCAGACAAACUGGAAUGCAGCCAGGUGGGGAGCUGGCGCUCCAGCCCCGCCGCCAGCGCCGCCGCCCUUCAGGAACAGAACUUCCAUUCAGAGAGCAGCGAGCUCCUGUACGCCCCUCCCUACAGCCUGCCCUUCUCCUACCACUAUGGACACUUCCCUGUGGAUUCCCACGUCUUCAGUGGCAAGAAGCAAAUGCUGCCGGCAAAAUUCGGGCAGGCCCAAGGGGCGCCCUGCGAGGUGGCGCGGUUCUUCCUGGGCGCGCUGCAGACCAACGGCGAGUGCCAGUGGCACUACGCCAACUCCCUGGUUCCCAGCAGCCAGUCACCCUCCAAAAGCCUUCCUGAGCAGCCAGUGAACAUCAUCAGGCACAACCUUGCCCAGAGUUAUGAAGUGCCCCUGUCCAACAGGAGGUACAACCAGGACGCUCUGCCCGAGGCCUUCCCCAGCUGCACGGCGCCCGUGCCGGGCCGCUACAAAGAGGAGCUCUACGACUCUUCCCUCAUGAAACACAACAAAACAGAGCCCAGGAUCCCGCCCCACGCCCACCUCAUCAAAGAGGAGAACAAGCUGGCUUUUACCAGAGACCUGCCAGAGAAAAUGCCCAUCAACGAGGGCUCCUUCUCCAACCCGCUGCUGCCCAAAUCCGAGUGCUGCCAGGCCAAGGCCGUGGGACAGCUGAGCCACCUGCUGCCCGUGCCCUCGGUCUACGAGCAGAGCAGGAGGAUUUGUGUCAAAGAGCCCAAAUUUGGGCACAUCAGCCACCACCCAGGCAGCCUGGAGGAGCUGGACGAGAGGAUGAGCGUGAAGCUGGACCACGAGGCCGACGGAGAGCGGCUGAUGGAGGUGAGGCCCUCAGGCCAGGUCCCCUUCGUGCUCCUCAACUACCACCACGUGCUGGCCAAGCACGGAGCCUUCCAAACCUCCCCCUGCACGGCCACGGGACACGUGGGGGAAAAUUAUUCCUACAACGCUGAGGAAGUCAACGCGUUUCUUUACAAAAACCAAAGCCCCUCCUCGGCUUCCUCUCCAGAAACCCACAAGGAAUCUGCACUACCCCACUACAUUGGGACUUCUGUCAUCAUUGCCAACGGCAGGUGACGGUAGCACAGGGGGGUUCUGAGUGUAAUGAAGAAGCCAAACUGUAACGAUUUGCUAAAAAAAAGGAAAAAAAAAGAAAAGCAUGAGGAAACACAGUGACAUUUACUGAGCAAAGCUGGAGGGCAGUGAGGGACAAAAAGCAGUGAGUUCCAGGAGUCCCGGUGGCCAGGAAGGUCCCCUCCAUCCCCUGCCGUGCUUCGGUGUCCCAGACACAGCUCUGGUGCCAGGGAGAAGCCAAGUUCCAGAUCUUAUUUUUGUUAUGUUAUAGUGUGCAGCAGAAGGAAAUGAGAGGUGUUAUAUGCAGAGGUUUAUAUGAAGAACUUUUUUUUUUUUUCCUUGACCCCUCCUUAAAAUAAACUCGAGAUUUUUUUUUUAAAUCAUUAUCAUAAAAUAUGCAUUCUAGUUUAGGGUUUUUUUGACAAAUUGUGUGAAACCUCGCAUCAACUCUCCAUCCAAUCCCCUGACACAUGGACUUUGUUGAGAGAGUGGUGAUUUUGAACAACCACAACACAGCUGUCCUACCCAAACAGGGAAAAAAGCUUAUUUAUUAAUUACCAAAAAUUUUUAAAACUAAAUAAAUCAACCGUGCAUUUGAUUUAUUUAACAGAGAUUUCAGUGUUCUGAGAUUGUUGCCACCACCAUUUAUCUUGACAAGGGACAAUAUGACAAAUUAAUAGGUACAAAGACAGGUAUUACAGGGUUACAGGUCUUGUCAUGGCAAAUUGGGACAAAUUAUGGAGCAGGAACCAAUUCCCCACAAACAAGAAAAGGAAACUCCUAAAUCCUGUGUUUCCCUGAGUAUCCUGGGGGAAGCUUGUGCAGAUUUUCAACCCAUCCAGUCACAAAUACAUCUUAAUAACAGCACCAGAAAUGUUUUCUUUAUAGUCAAGAGAAUAAUGAACAUUUCUGCCUUAUUUUGAACUUACCGGCAGAAUUGUGAGCUUUGAAAAUUCCAGCCCUUAACACGCUGAACUUCCUCCAGCAUAAAUCCUGUUGUCAGCACAAAGGUAGGGCUGGAAUUCCCCGCUUGGAGCACUUCACAAAUCCCAAACAGCACAUUUGAAGCACUCACAUUUGGCCCAGCCAGCCAGGAAGAGAUUUUCACCCCUUUAUUUUUAAUUCUUUGCAGAGGAUGGAUCUGUGUGAAUUUAACUGACAGCACUCAGCCCACGGUGGUUUUCAGCCAUUUCCCCAAACAUUGUGAGUGGAUAAAACAACAAAAGGCUCCCUAAACAAUAAAUGUGGCUCUAGAUCUCACUCAGCUCCAUUUCUUACCCCAAUUCAAGCUUAAUUCAGAAUUUUUCAAACUUUCUCUCAUCAGACUCUAAAGAGAACUUCACUGAAAAACCCUGAGCACCCUGGGAUGGUGGAAGGUUCCCUGGAUGAGCUUUAAGCUUCCUUCCAACCCAAACCAUUCCAUAAUUCUUUGAAGAAAAUUCUUUCCUGGUUUGUGGAUUAUGGAAACAAAAACCCUUGCUCAUGGAUUGCACCUUGUCAGAAAAACCAUAAUGCAAUACUCAGUCCUAAAAUUCCACGUUCUCCAUGUUUUCUAUGCAGCAAUAAUUCAUCCCAGAAUGGUCUGGGUUGGGAGAGACCUUAACGCUCAUCCAGCAGUUCCAAGCCCCUGAAAUGGGCAGGGAAUUUGCCAUUAGAAUACAGAAAUAAAGUUAUUUUCUUCUGUGUAUGAAUAUUUAUUGCUCUGAGUACACAAAAAUACUUUAAAAGCAAAGGCUUGACAACAAUUUUCAGUAUUUUUUUUCAUUGCUUCCCAUUAAAGGUUAACAGAGAAACCUUUAUUAUCAAAUUAACAUUCACUUGAAAAUGAAUGUUUGAGCUGAACACUCUCAGUUGUUGUUUUCAAUUGCAUGAAAAAUACAUUUUGUGCUAAACAGAACAAAAAAAGCCAAAUCAGUGAUUACAAAAAAAAACCCAAACAGAACCAAACCAGCACAGUCACUCCCUGUGUAACCUCUUAAGUUUGGAGAAGCUGGCAGGUCUCCAGAAAAGCUGUAAAUGUGGAUUAUGAUCAUGCUGACCCCAUAAAUCAAAGGCAGGAGACACCAGUUGCUUUCCCAGUUGGUUCAGAGCCCUCCCAGCCCCUGCUCCCCAUAAACGACCCCAACCAUGAAAAGAUAAUUAUGGGUUCAUUUUGUUCAAUUAAAUUAAAGCCACGUCCCCACAAAGGAGCCACUGGCACGGUUGGCAUCAUUAAAAAGAAACCUGAUGCCCAACCACUCCUGCUGCACUUUCUCCCUCAUUAGUGGCACUGCUGCAUUUGGGUGUUCCCGCAAGUCCUGCUCGCUAUAAAAACACAAAAAUUGGGCUUUUGCUUGAGAAAAACACCGCUGAUCUUUUUCAGCUCGAUAUUUUUCCACCUUGUUAUUCCCACUUCCAGGCUUUAUUCCAGCAGCCCGAGCAGAGGAGGUGUUCCAUCAUUCUGCCCCAGGUGUUUCAGGGGAGGUGAUGCCCAGGCACAGGAAAUUUCCCUGCGAGGCAAUAACGAACCAAUUAACAACUCCCAGCUGAUAAUGCAGGGGAAGUGGCAGAAAAGAUGGCAAAAGCAAAUGUGGGAAGGAUUUUUUUUUUCCCCUGCCACUCCCCAAGAUUUAAACAGCAAUUCCAUGUUCCUGUCUGGGGGGAAAUUACAUUGGGAGAAAAAUAGGAUUUUUUGGUCAGUUAAAUUACAGAUGUUCUCAGCAAAAUUGCGGUGCAGAACAGGGCACUGCCAUCAUAGUGGCAGUGUUUGAAUAAUGAAAAGUGGUUUUAAUAAUGAAAAAUGUUUUUAAUAAUGAAAAAAAAAGAUGGCACUGAAGGGGAAUGUGAAUUGAAAUAUAUUAUAAAAAAUAACCUCAUUUCUCUUUAGUAUUUGAGCCACAACUUUGUUGUGAGACUUCACAAGAUUUUAACUCUUGGGGGAAGUUCAGAACUGGCAAGAAAAUCAUGGAAAAUGGGAGAAAAAGAGUGAAAGAGGGAAUAUUUUACCAAAAUCAUAGAAGAUUUGGGUUGGGAGGGACUUUCAAGAUCUCAUUCCAGCCCCUUGCCAGUCAGGGAAUCUCCCACCAGACCCAGGUAAAGCUGGAAAAGUGAACCCCGCAGUGAAAGGUCUCCAAGUUUUGGAAGCAGUGCAAUGGAAAUAAAACAAGGUGAUAAAGACCCAGACCUGUCCCCAGCCCUCUGCGCCCUGGGAUUUGAAAAAGGUAAUUUAAGGAAAUUCAGCACAACAGGUGCAAAAUUGGGGAAUUCAUCACUGAAAGUGCCAGAAUUUCUCCAGAAAUCUCAAGACAGGACAUAAAUUCUUCUUUUUCCAGCAUUUCAGUCACACUUCAAAAAUGCCACAGAGGAAAUGUUGUUAUUCCAGUUCUUUCCUGAAGGUUAGAUUUUGCUUUUUUUUUAAUAUGAUGCAGAUAAAAGCUAUUUGGCAAGUGUAGGUGAAGAAGCACGCAACCCAACCAACCUAUUCAAGCUCAGAAUUAUAUAUGUAUUCCCUAAAAAUGUAAAGCAUUUUUGCUUAUUUAUUAUGUAAAACAAAACUGUUAAAAUGUUAAUAAAAUCCUGUAGCCAAAGGAAAA